AUGUCGAAGAAGGCCGGCCCGGCCUCGCAGCAGCAGCCGACGGGGCCCGCGGCGGGGGAAGCGCCGCGCCAGCCGCCCGCGGGGGAGGCGCGGCAGGCGGGGAGGCACGGCAGCGGUUAUUUCCGCAGAGAUCCUAAGGGCAAAGAUGUCAUUAUUCAGUUCUGCGCGCGAUACAGGUCCGAGUGCGUCGCCGGGCAGUGCAGUCCGGACGCCGAGAUGGCCACCGAUUACUUUGGGCUCCGGAGGGGCAUGGGGUUCGCACCCGUUUCCUGCAGCCUGGCCCACCUGGAGGCGGGGAAGCGCGUCAAGCGGGAGGCGGAGUCGCAGCCGUCGCCGCAGGCGGCCGCGCCCGAGCAGCCGCCGCCGAAGCGCCCGCGCGGCGCGCGCGACGCGCCAGGCGCCGGCGAGCAGGGCGGCGCUGUGCGCGGCGCGCACGGCGGUUCGCAGCUCGCGGCCGCCCCCUCGCCAGCGCGGGCGGCGCCCGCUGGAAACGGUGUGCACGCACCAGGCAGCUUACCGAGGCGCUCGCUGCGCAGCAUCGCCUGGCCGCUGAGCGAGAUUCGCACCCAGCUGGAGGCCAUUGCCGACGUGGAGGGCGUGCGGGAGCUAAUGGACCAGUUCCCCGCCUGCGUCAUGGUCGGCAGCAUCGCGAACAACCGCGAGCUGGUGGCCGCGCUGCUGGGCGACCACGGGAUUGCGGGGGACGCCGCGGCGGUGCUCGUCGCGCCAGGCAUGCGCCAGCCCGUGGCCAUGGAGCUCAGGUGUGGCGAGGAGAGGCCCUUCAGCGGCCCCGAGGCGGAGGAGUGGCUGCGCAGCGUGAAGGAGACGGCGCAGAAGGCGCUGGGCCAGCGCCUGAAGACGGAGCCCCUGCGCCUGCGGCUCUGCACCGUGGGCUGCGCGAAUCUCGACGUCGUGCAGCUCCCCGAGAAGAAGAGCCAGGACGGGGGCGUCCAGCAGAAGAUCGAGGACCCGUGCUGGCGCCUCGGCCCCGCCGCCCGGGGCCGUGCCCUCGAUACAAGCGGGCGCUUCCCAGCGCCGGGCGGCGUCGCGAGGGCUUACCAGCCUGGUGCACCCGUGGACCUGUGCCGGCGCUUCGACCCCGAGCUCCGGCGCACCGUGCUGCUCGGAGCUGCCGCGGCGAGCGCGCGGGGCGGGGACGGCCAGCCCUCGGCGUCGGAGCUCUGCGGCCCCCUGGCCGCCAGGGAGCUGGAGCACCGCUUCGACGCCUUCUGCCGCGAGCGGGUGCCCCAGUGGAUGGCGACACUGGAGCGCCUCGAGAAGCGACUAGAGGGAUCCAGGAAGCAGGCCAGGGAGACGGAGAAGAAAGAGUCGCCCGUCGAGAUGAUCAUGAAAGCUCGCGCCGCUGGAAACACCUUCAGCCGCGCCCUCCCGGAGGUGGUGGGAGGUGCCCCGUCCUGCGAGUCGGGGGCCCUGACGCUCGAGGAGGAGCUGGCGGCGUUUGCGCAGGAGGCGGCGAGGGGCUUGUGCGGCGUGGGCGCGUCGCUGUCCUCCCAGGACGCCGCGGAUGCGGCGGCCGACCUCUACGCCCAGUUCCAGGGGGUCGAGGGCUACUCUGCGUACCUGCGGGACAGCGUCAGGAUAGCGGGAGCCGACGUGCCCCUGAACGGCGGAGCGGCGUGGCAGCGCCUCCUCGCGGAGGUCGAGGUCGCGAUGCGGCUCUCCCACCCGCCUCCGGAAGAGCUCAGGGCUCUGAUGGGCGCAGCUGUGCGCUGCGGUGGCACCGGCGUGCAUGGGCAUCAGAGGUGGGAGGGCGUGUCAUCCAAGUUAAUGUUGUCUGUGGCACACGGGCCUCUGCAUCGGCGCAUCCGCUACGUCGCCAGCCGUGUGGCCUGGGUGCUGAAACGCCAGAAGACCACGGUGUGCGAAUGGAUGUCCAGCGUAGCGGGAGGUCCAGCAUCGCGACUGCAUUCGCCUCUCUUCGCAGAGCACGUGGAGGUGAUGCGGGCGUUCCCCAUGGUGCGUGAGCUCGUGUUCGGUGCCUACAACGACGCGGCCUCGUCCGUCGGAGAAAACCUCCUGAAGAACCUCAAAGGCACCCUGACGGCUGGAUGCAUCAACCCCCAGCUGGUGCUCCAGCCUGCCACGGAGCCGGUCUUCGAGGAGGAGGAGGAGGAGGAGGAGGAGGAGGAGGAGGAUCGUCUUCGACGCCGUCGUGGGGGAGAUGCGCCGACGCAGCGGCAGCUCCGGAGGCCUGCCGCUCCACCUGCAGGACCGCGUCUUCGAGCCCCGCGACGCGGGAGGGUCUCUGCCCUUCGUGGAGGCCAGGCUGCGGAAGGCCUUUGGCGUGCUCGCGGACACCCUGGCCAACCAGGCGUUUGCCUUUGCGGACACCAGCAUGUCCUCCCUCUGCCGCCGCCACGUCGACGAGGCCAUGUGCAGCAUGGACUUCAGCCCCGAGCAGCGCCGGGCCCUCGAGGCGCGCCAUGCGGAGCACCAGGCGGUCGCGAGCCAGGUUGAGGCCCGCUUCACUGCGGUGCGCCACUGCCUCUCCACGCUCCGCGCCCUGCGCUAGCUGCCCCCGCGCCCCAUGGGCUCUGCCUCCGCAGCGGCUUGCCCUCUGAGGGCGGCGGGGGCCCUGGGCAGCCCGCGCAUCGCCCCUCUGUCAUCGGUUCCAGGGUGGAGGGGCGAGGCAGCCCUGCAUCCGAAUUCGGUCAUCUGUUUGACGGGGCAUGCGGAGGCAUGCGGCCCGAGCAUGUCCGCGGACGGCACGGGCGGGACCAGGC